UAUGAGCAACUAAACUAGAACUGCACUCAUAGAGCUAACACUAAAUUGGUUAGCAUGCAUUAGAUGGUGAAUCGUGAUCAUUUGUGAGUGACAGAUUAUUAUAAGACCCACUUCAUGGGUUUAGUUAUUGUCGGUGGGAGAUAAAAUUGAAAAGAAUUUUUAGGAUGAAUGAUUUAUCUGCAAUAUUUAAAAUAUUCACAAAAUUGUUUAUAUUUUUGUUGAAAUAUACGAAAAAUCAAGGAUCGAUAUGGAUAGAAUGUGAAGUGCAAAUUUCACUCUAAAUUGGUGAGAUAUAGGAUCAAUGCAUAUCGACGCUAUUUACCGAUUAUUACAUAAAUUUUAUCAAGUUCAUUGCAGAUGUCGAACUUUUGAAUUUUUUGAAUUUUGGCAUGAGUUAGAAGCGGAGGUGCCUGCAAGUGAAGCAUGGGAGCUCUUCGGCACGCUUGCGCUGGCAAGAUUCGUGGAACAACAACUUCCAGAUAUGAUUGAAAAAGUUCAAGUCAUACAUGGUGAUGGAGGGGCUGGGACUAUUAUUCAUAUCAAGUUUGCAUCAGGUGUUGGACACACGGAAAAGUUCACAAAGGCAGACAAUGAGACGCGAGCGAAAGAAGCUGAGGUGAAUGAAGGCGGACCUGGAUUUUGGACUUAGCUCAUACCGUGUUCGGUUUGAAGUAGCAGAGAAAAUAGGAGUUGCCGGCCGGGGAUUCGCAACCCUCUUGCUGCUGCAUCAUCAAAACCAGAGUCGAGUAUGAUGUCAAGGAAGAGACGACUGAUGCUCCCAACGCCUCCUCACUCGUCUCUAUCGAGCCAUUCGUUACCAUUGCAGAGGCAGCAAAGAUCCAUCUCAUGAAAAAUAACUUGUACUUGUUGGAUCGAUCGGUCCUAGCUCAAAAUAUUUUCUGCAUUAAUAAGCGUAUCAAGUUCCUAAGAUCUUGUUAAAAUUCAACAGCCAUAUUUUUCACAAGAACUUAUUUUCAAAUUUGAUGCACAUAAGAUUAUUAAAAGUCA